AUGCUUCUUCGCGAUCCCAUUGCUUCUUUCAUACGCGAUAUUUCAACAAAAGUAAGACGAGUCGUUGUUGUUCAUGAACCUAUGAUGUCUUAUAAUGUACAAGAUGUUUCUUCUUUGCCCAAUGCUGAAUCCUAUAUAUUUAACUGCAUUUCAGUUUUCUCUUGCUAUAUUAUGAUGUGCUUAUUUUUAAAGAUUUCUGGCCAACAUGAAGAAGAAUUGCUUAAAAAGCUUUACUCCUUUGAAGGAGUUACAACAGAUGAAGCUAUGGACUUAUCAGAUUCUCAACAUCCAUAUAUGGAUAUUAGAUCAGGUGAUAUCCAUAAUACAAGUAAAGUAAUUGAAAGCAAGUAUAUUGAUUUGAUGGAACAAGCAGAGAUUAGUCUGAACAAGAAACAAUGGGCAAUUGGACCUAUUCUGCCUACUAAACUCGAUUAUAUCUCGAAUAGGGAGAAUAUAUGUUUAGAUUGGCUUAACAAACAACCUCCAAGAUCAGUUCUUUAUGUAUCUUUUGGAACAAUAAAUUCAUUUUCUGAUAGACAAAUCAAGGAGCUCGCGAUGGGAUUAGAGCAGAGUAAACAGAGGUUUAUAUGGGUGCUGAGAGAUGCCGAUAGAGGAGAUAUCAUUAAAGGGGAAGCUAGAAAAGUUGAAUUGCCUGAAGGAUUUGAGGAAAGAGUAAAAGAGGUCGGGUUAGUGGUAAGAGAAUGGGCACCACAAUCAGAAAUAUUGGCUCAUUCGUCUACAGGCGGGUUCAUGAGUCAUUAUGAUUGGAACUCUUGCUUAGAGAGUAUUACUAUGGGAGUGUGUAUAGCUGUUUGGCCUAUACACACUGAUCAACCAAUAAAUGGUUUCUUGGUGACAGAAAUAUUGAAAAUAGGCCUGCUUGUUAGAGAUUGGGGGAAACGCGAGGAGGUAGUAAGUGCAUCCACUAUUAAGAGUGUCGUGAGGAAGUUGAUGGCAUCAGAAGAAGGUGGCCUGAUAAGAAAAAGAGCAGAAGAAUUGGGAGAAGCUGUAAGACAGUCCACAGAGAAAGGGGGUGCUUCUCAAAUAGAGUUGGAUUCUUUCAUCGCGCAUAUCACAAGAUAGACU